GGCGGCGGCGCCUUCUCCAGCGGCGGCGGCAGCGGGACGGGCCGGGCCUGAGGCUCCGCCAUGGAGAGUGCGAGCCAGGAUAUCAACCUUAACUCUCCCAACAAAGGUCUGCUGGCCGACACCAUGACAGAUGUGCCUGUGGACACCGCGGCCUCGGCCAGGACCUCCGUGCCCGAAGGCUUGACUCUGGCCGAAGAGGAAGAGUUGAGAUCCGAGCUUGCCAAGGUUGAAGAAGAAAUUGGGACUCUGAGACAAGUUCUGGCUGCUAAAGAGAGGCACUGUGGAGAGCUGAAGAGGAAGCUGGGCUUGACUCCCUUGGAUGGGUUAAAGCAGAACCUCUCCAAGAGCUGGCACGACGUCCAAGUCUCCAACGCUUAUGUGAAAACAUCUGAGAAACUUGGAGAGUGGAAUGACAGAGUGACACAGUCUGACUUUUACAAGAAGACCCAGGAAACCCUUUCCCAGGCAGGGCAGAAGACUUCAGCAGCCCUGUCCAAUGUAGGUUCUGUUCUCAGCAGGAAAUUUGGUGACAUGAGGGCUCACCCCUUCUCCAACUCCUUUAGCAGCUACUCCAUCCGGCACUCCAUAAGCAUGCCAGCCAUGAGGAAUUCUGCAACCUUCAAGUCGUUUGAAGAUAGAGUUGGGACCAUCAAGUCCAGAGUGGUGGGCAGCAGGGAAAACAGCACUGACAGCCUCCACUCCCCGUCGGGGGCUGGGGACAAGCCUCCACAGGACAACACUCCCUUCUAGAGCCAGGACCUGGCUUUGCAGGGCUGGGCACAGCUGAGAGCCAGCCCCCUCCCCUUCAAAUCUGCCCAACAGCAACGACACAACAACUCCUAGAAGGGGCUGAGAGCCAGGCUGGAGAGCUCCAUCACCCAUUCAUAGACACUGCUGCUGGAUCUCCAUCAACCUUUUGUACACAGAUGAUAUUUUACACUAACCUUUGUAGAUGAAGUGUAUCCCUGCUGUCCUUUGGGAGAGCAGCUGAGAGAGUUUCCUUCAAGUAGCUCAGAAUUGCCUUUGGUAGAGAGAGAGAAUCAGCUUUGGGUUUUAAUCUUUUUCCCCCCCUCUUGUCUGACAUAGCUUGGAGCAGACCCUGAGCAGUGUGAGCAGGGCAGUUACUGGAGAAGCCCAAGUGCAUGAGCAUCUCAGCUUCAGCUUCUGGCUGCCUUCUCCCUCCAGAACAUGCCAUGCAGCUACUCCCUGAGCUCCCAGGCUUCUCCUGUUACUGUUUUCUCUGGCUCUUAAUGAGAGCAGUCAGGUAAUGGGGGUGAAGAGCUGAGGUGGCGUGGUUGGGUUUGUGU